CGCACCAGCAGCGGUCACAUCCCCACAAACACGCGCACAGAGGAGGCAGUGUGCGCAGAGCAGUGGACACUCCCAGGUGCCAAACACACACACACACACACACACACACACACACACACACACACACACACACACACGCACACACACACGCCUCAGUCUGGAGGAGGAUCCACGCAGCAGCCCGGAACAUUUGGAAAUAUCGAAACAGGGAAGUGUGAUCCAGUGCGUCGUCAGCAGCAGCAGCAUGUUCAGCUGGGUGAAGCAGGAGCAGGGAGGACGCAACAAGGAGGGGGAGAUGUACCAGACGGUGACGGAGGGGCUGCAGAGCCUCUACCUGAAGAAGCUGCUGCCUCUGGAGGAGACCUACCUCUUCCAUGACUUCCACUCCCCGGCCCUGGAGGCCGCAGACUUCCAGAGCAAGCCCAUGGUGCUCCUGGUGGGCCAGUACUCCACCGGGAAGACCACCUUCAUCAGGUACCUGUUGGAGCAGGACUUCCCGGGGAUGCGGAUCGGUCCGGAGCCGACCACCGACGGCUUCAUCGCCGUGAUGUACGGCGAGAACGAGGGCGUCAUCCCCGGCAACGCACUGGUGGUGGACCCCAAGAAGCCCUUCAGGAAGCUCAACGCGUUCGGAAACUCCUUCCUCAACAGGUUCAUCUGCUCUCAGAUGCCCAAUCAGGUUCUUCAGAGCAUCAGCAUCAUCGACACUCCUGGUAUCCUGUCUGGAGAGAAACAGCGAAUCAGCAGAGGUUAUGACUUUGCGGAGGUCCUGCGUUGGUUCGGGGAGCGCGUGGAUCGGAUCAUUCUGCUGUUCGACGCUCACAAACUGGACAUUUCAGACGAGUUCUCCGAAGCCAUCCGAGCCUUAAAGGGACAGGACGACAAGAUCAGAGUCGUCCUCAACAAGGCCGACCAGGUGGACACGCAGCAGCUGAUGAGGGUGUACGGCGCCCUCAUGUGGUCGCUGGGGAAAGUGAUCAACACUCCGGAGGUGGUGAGAGUUUAUCUGGGAUCCUUCUGGGCCAAACCGCUGCAGAACACGGAGAACAGACGUCUGUUUGAGGCGGAGUCUCAGGACCUCUUCAAGGACAUCCAGAGUCUCCCGAGAAACGCGGCGCUCCGUAAACUCAACGACCUCAUCAAGAGAGCGAGGCUGGCCAAGGUGCACGCUUACAUCAUCAGCUACCUGAAGAAGGAGAUGCCGUCUCUGUUUGGAAAGGAGAAGAAGAAGGAGGAGCUGAUCACGAGGCUCCCUGAGAUCUACUGCAUCCUGCAGAGGGAGCACCACAUCAGCCCCGGAGACUUCCCCAACGUCACCAAGAUGCAGGACAUGUUGCAGCACUACGACUUCAGCAAGUUCCCGUCCAUGAAGGUGAAGCUGAUCGAGUCGGUGGACAAGAUGUUGGCCACGAAGAUCGCCGGCCUGAUGUCCAUGAUCCGGGACGAGGAGUCCAAGGCGCCGCCGGCGAUGGUGUCCGGCGGUGCCUUCGAGGGCUCGCAUGAAGGGCCCUUCGGCCAUGGAUACGGCGAGGGCGUCUGCGCCGGGGCCGAUGCCGAGGACUGGAUCGUCAGCCGCGAGAAGCACCGCUACGACGAGAUCUUCUACAUGCUGAUGCCCGUCAACGGCAAGAUCACCGGCGUCAACGCCAAGAAGGAGAUGAUGAACUCGCGGCUGCCCAACACCGUGCUGGGGAAGAUCUGGAAGCUGGCCGACUGCGACCGCGACGGCAUGCUGGACGACGAGGAGUUCGCGCUCGCCCAACACCUCAUCAAGAUCAAGCUGGAGGGCUACGAGCUGCCCUCCGAGCUGCCCGACCACCUGGUGCCGCCGGCCCACCGCAAGGACCCCAUCGCCGACGCCCUGUACAACAACAGCGAAGACUAGAGCGCCAACAGGGGGCGCCACACCGACAGGAAGUCCAAGUGUACAAAGCCACCGGGUUGAUGUUCAGACUCACCGGAGAACCAAUCAGAGAACUGACAGACGGUCAAUGUUUUAGGAUUUGCUCGCCACCAACACGGAUCCACUCAACCGCUAAUCAAACAAACUUUAAUUUUGGUAAGAUUUUUUAAAUAUAUAUAUAUGUACAAUUUCAAUUCACGAAAGAAGAAAAAGUGAAACGUAGCUACAUAUUUUACUACUACUGCUUUAAUCUUUUAUUUUGAAAAUUAUUGUUAUAAGGACAUCUCAACUUCCUGUGUUAACUUUUCCGUCAUAUUCCUCCUCUGAAUGUCUGAAUGACAGUGUCAGAAAUAUACAAUAUUUUACCAUGUUACUUGAACAUAAGAGAGUAUAAACUAGUCCUGUUUGGUUAUUAAUGUGUAGUUUAUAUGUGGAGAUAAAACAGGACAUAGGAGGUUUUUUUUAUAUAAAACAUGUGAUUUAAUAGUCAGAAGGGAAAUGUUUGUUCACCAACAUCAGAUGUGGGAGAUUAUAGUAUCUUCAUUUUUUAUCUCUCCUGACAAUUCAAUGCUAUGUUAAAUUACCUUUUUAUUUUUACUGCUUUAAGAUUCAGUGCUUUUAUUCUGAAGGUCAGCAGCUUAACUUUAAAGUGUCCCUUUAACUGUUGUUUCUCUACCGUGUGACCCGUCGUGGGAUCCUCGUCUUCAUCACUGUUAAAUAUUUGUAGUUCACACUCAACCAGUUUAAAUAGUAACAGCACUGAUCUGCAGUCAGUUUCUGAGGACGUCCGAUGGAUCAGAUUUCCAUUCGGGACAUUUUGUACUUUUUGAGUUUUUGUUUUCUUCUCUCCAACUUUUUACGUCCAAAGUAACUUUGAGUUCACAGAAAAAAAUAACUUCAGCAGCACAGAGUCUCCAAAAUGAGUUCAAAUACAUUUCCCAUCAGGCAGCUGGAGCUGUUCAUAUUGAUGGGAAACAAAUAUUCAACAUUUACAAACAAAGAAAAACAGUCUUGAAAACAAAUGGAAUCAAACUAUUUUUGUGACAUUUAAUCUCUUUUAUUUAUAAAUAUAGAAUAUGUUUCGAUAUAAUCAGACAAUCCAUGUCAGGCUUGCAAUUUAUUUCAUCUUUGAAUAAUUUACCCUCCAAUAAAAAUAAUGUCUGAAAAACAACUUUCCACACAAACAAAGAAUAUAUUUUAGUAUUUUAAAGAAAAUCUUAAAUAUUUUAUUACAUUUUCUUUAUCUUUUUAUUAACUUUUUCAAUUUUAAGACAGUAAAGAAAAGAAAACACCAUUUCACCAAAAAUAUGAUCUUAACCAGCAAUUAUUUUAUUUUAAACUUUAUGAAUCAGUCAAACAAUCAUCAUUUGAUUUCCUGUAGGUGGGCUUUCAGAAUAAAAGAUGUGAAAUAUGAUGUAAUGGUUCACAUCCCGAGUCGUCUUCACGUCCACGUUUGAGAGCAGGAAGCAGUGACUGACGGUCUGACGGGUUCAGAGGUAGUCCAGAACCAGGACGUGGGGUUUUCCUGAGGCCGUCAGAGGUCAAAGGUCAGAGUCUGUCCUGUUUGAACAGCGCUCAGGAGGAGAUGACGCUCCGCCCCCCCCCACGUCCUCCAGGGACGACUUAACGCCGCGCUGCCGUCCGCCGUUUGUGUUUCCUCACAUUGUAAACAGCAGAGUAGACGGUGACCUCUGACCUCUGCUGACUGCUGACUCUCCUCCUGAUGGAAGCAGCUUCAUUUGUUCAGAGAACACGAAAACGCCCCAGAAACGCCAAACCAGAAGAGACGGACCACAGCUGUCCACAUACCUUUACCUUCUUCUUCUUCUUCUUCUUCUUCUUCUUCUUCUUCUUCUUCUUCUUCUUCUUCUUCUUCUUCUUCUUCUUCUUCUUCUUCUUCUUCUUCUUCUUCUUCUUCUCCUCCUCCUCCACCAUCCCUCUUCUUCUUCUUCUUCUCCUCCUCCUCCUCCUCCAUCCCUCUUCUUCUACUUCUUCUUUUGUUUUUUAAGUCCUCCAUAACAAAAGGCUCAGGAUGGAAAUGUUCCUGAAUGUAGUUCAUAAAUGUUUGAAAAGAGUUGAUCCCAGUAAUGUACCAGGACCUGUGUGCUUUAAUUUACGACUGUAAACGUGAGUCAUUGAAAGCCUCAAAAGCAGCCGUGAGAACGUUUCUGAAAGUGCCUUUAAUCAAAACUAGAAAAAGUUCAAAUUUGCCUUUUUUACUGUAAGCAGACAAAUAAAAAGACGACAGCGUUCUGAGCUGUAAAGACGCGUUCAGGCGUAAUAUUUCUGCGUUAAAACGAGCUUCGCCUUCAGUCUUAAUUCGCCUUCAGCGCCAAAAACCAAAAAUGAACACAAGCAAAGAAUUCCACCCAGAUUUCAAAGCUGCUUUUUCACGUCGCUCUGUUAGUGCCUGUUCGUUGCAACGCCUCUCCAGAUAAAAACGAGUGUUUUUCAGGUGGAGUCUGGUGGGAGCGAUUCCACAGCAGAGAGUUUAUUUCAUGACCUCUGACUUUUCAGCUGAUCACGCAUGUUUUGGAUGUCCUCUGUUCUCAUGACGGGACAGUCGUCGUCCUCGAGGAUUCAGCAGCUGGGCGGCUUCGUCUUUUGUUUUGUCUUUAACAUGAAAAUAAACUCACAAAUCAUAGAGUGAAGCUCAGAAAGUGUUCAAAGUGCACUUCAUGUGUUUAUAAGGGAACGUCUGUGAGGUCAUCGGUCCUCAUCAAGCAGGUGAAUAAACGUGUUACUUCAAUGAGCCUCGACAGAGCAGGAAUACUCAGUUCUGAAUGUUUUAAAGAUGUUUCUCUCCAUUCUAAAUCUGUCUGAAAUGUAAAAGCUUUUAUUUUGGUGAUGUAUUUCGUGUUGUUGUUGUUGUUGUUGUUGUUUAAGAAGUCAGUCACUGAUGAUGUUUCACUCCUGAUCUCGUCCUGUUGUCACAGCUGGAGACCAAUAAAGUUUAUUCAAACGUGUACUCAA